AUGCCCCCACGGUGCCGGGCUGGGUGCCCCCCCACCCCGGGAUGCCAGAGGAGCAGCCGCCUGCCCGGCCCUGCCGUGCUGUGUCCCCAGGGAAGCAGAAGAUGGGCUGGAGGACGUGCUGGGGCUUCGGCCUUCUCGGCGGCCUGCUGCUCGUGCCCUUGCUGCAAGGUGAGCGCCCGCCCGGCGCUGCCGGCCCCGGGUUUCGGGGGGGACGGGGCAGCCCUGCCGCUGCCCCCGGGCUCACGGCGUCCCCCACGCUGCCCCUCUGCAGGAGAGGAGGAGAUCGGCUGCACCAGCGGCUGGGUGCCCUUCGACGGGCGAUGCUACGGCUUCUUCCCCCAGGAGCUGAGCUGGAGGAGAGCCGAGAGCUUCUGCCAGAGGCUGGGGGCCAGGACCCACCUGGUCUCCAUCCACAACGAGGAGGAGCACCAGGCCAUCAUCAGCAUGCUGGCCUCCUCCCAGCCCUACAGCGACAGCGAGGAGCAGGAGGCCAACGGCGACGUCUGGAUCGGCCUCCGCCUCUCCCUGGUGAGUGCCUGCCGUCGCCCGCGGCCCGGGCACGGGGAGCCGCACCGCCGCGGCCCGCUCCUGCCGGCGCCUCGCCCCGGCACCGGCGCCCCAUCCCCUCCCGCCCCGCAGAGGCGCCUCUGGGAGUGGUCGGACGGCACCAAGCUGGACUACGGCUCCUGGUACAGGGACGUCUUGCCGCGGCGGAGAGCCUGUGCGGCGCUGGAGGACACGGCGGACUUUGCCAGCUGGGACGUGGAGCUCUGCAGCGACAGGAAGCCCUUCAUCUGCGCCUACCGCACCUAGGGCAGCCGCCGCCGGCCCCCGGCCCGCGCCGCGGCCCCCCGCGCCCCCGGCCCACCAGCCCCGUCUCCAUCCCGCGCAAACCCUCGCGGCCGGUGGCCG